CACCGUUUCACUUGCUAUUGGAGUCUUCAGCAUUACGCACAGUACGCUGAGAAAAAAUGGCGAAAGAAAAUUGCGAAGUACGAGGGAAGCCUGACGAUGACGUGCACCAUGAACUGUUAUCAUUUAAGAGAUUACAACCAACGGGCAGCGGCGACAAUAUCUAUGUAUUAGAUGAACAUGUAGAGUUGACAUAUCAUUCAGUUUUCCACGAACCGUUGGGGUCCCGUAAUUGGCCGGUAAUAGACGGAUUCUUUUAUACAAUAUUUACCUACACACAGGUAUACACCUAUCGUAUCAUGAGUUUGUUGUUAGGCGCCAUCUUCGGUGUGGUGUGGGGAGUUUCCUUUGGAAUAUUAAAUUCCGUCAUCGUGUGGAUAGUGCAACCUUUGUUGAAAUUACUCUUCGUAGGUAUUCGAGUGUUUUCCAAUCCGUGGAGAGUCGGUAUCAGAGCCGGUAUCGAUCCAUUUUUUCAGUCUAUCGGUCUUGCUUAUAGUUCCAUUAAGGCAUCGUUUGAUGUACGUUAUUCGGGGCCGUCAUUGCCUCGAGGUAACCAACAGAUGGAUCACGUAUAGAGUGAUCACUAUAGUAACAGGCGAUACAAAUAC